AUGCGUCUUAUCAUUCGUGACGACAAGGAUACGGCUUCGGCAUUCAUCGCCAGCUAUAUCAUUGAUCGUAUCAAGGCUUUCGGUCCAACUCCGAGCAAACCGUUCGUGCUUGGUCUUCCUACAGGCAGUUCGCCUGAAGGCGUGUACAAGAACUUGGUCACUCAUCACAAGAACGGUGAUAUAUCCUUCCGCGAUGUAGUGACAUUCAAUAUGGACGAAUAUGUUGGCCUCCCUCGCGAGCACCCAGAGUCAUAUCACAGUUUCAUGUACCGACACUUCUUCUCACAUAUCGAUAUCUUGCCUUCCAACAUCAACAUCCUAAAUGGCAAUGCUCCUGAUCUCGAGGCAGAGUGCAUUGCCUACGAAGAGAAGAUCAAGCGUGCAGGUGGCAUCGAGCUCUUCUUGGGGGGCAUUGGCCCCGAUGGUCACAUCGCUUUCAACGAGCCCGGAUCAAGUCUUACAUCUCGUACCAGAGUCAAGACACUUGCUUAUGACACAAUCGUCGCAAACUCGAGGUUCUUUGGUGGCGAUGUCGCAAAGGUGCCUCGUAUGGCACUGACUGUGGGUGUUCAGACAGUAAUGGAUGCCAGAGAGGUCAUUAUCAUCAUUACUGGCUCACACAAAGCCCUUGCACUCCAGAAGUGUAUCGAAGGUGGUGUCAACCACAUGUGGACGUUGUCGAGUCUACAGAUGCAUCCUCACGCCAUGAUUGUCGCUGAUGAUGAUGCCACACUAGAGUUGCAGGUCAAGACUGUCAAGUACUUCAAAUCCAUCGAACAAGUUGCCUCUACGCAAGGCUUCACGCAAACCUUGCCUGAUAUCAGCAUCACCACUUCGAAGCGCGACUCAAUUAUUGAGAAGCUCGAUAGCCCUCGUUCGCCAAAACUGCCACCUUCGCCAUCUCCCAGCAAUGCUAAGUUGUCCGUGAAUACUCCAGUACAACGACCUAUCACGCCGGAGCUGGUACCGGAUCGCAUGUCAGACAGACUUCCAAGGACACCUGAGAUGAGAGCGGUGACUCCCGAGUUGGUACCUGACCGUAUGGCAGACAGACUUGCCAGGACGCCACAGGUCGCAGGCCAAGGUCUUGAUGGUCUAGUGAUAGAUGAAAUGCCCCUGAGCAGUAUGGGACAGAGGAUUGCCGUUUAG